AGGUUUCUCUGUCAUUCACAGAAAAAUGGAUCGUAUAAACCUUUGGAGGACUCAAUUAUCACAAUACUUCUAUACUACCAACUAAGAUUUAUGGCAGUUAAUUUGUGACAAUAAAUUUCCACAUAGUAGAACUGCCGAAGAACUAAAAGACUGUUCUUUCAUAAAAAUAAACUCAAAUAUCACAAAAUAAGCACAAUUCUUAAAUUAUUAGACUUGCUUAUACAAGCACCCAUGUGCAGCAACUACUGUAUACUUCUUGUCACCAAACCUCAAAUUUAAGUGGUUUCCCUUUGUGGAAAACAUCAUGACAUUUUCAAGAAAUCACUGAACAUUGUCGUUAAAUAUAUUUUCAGUUAAGUGUCACAUAGGAGAAUUUUCUUGAAACAAGUUCAAGAAAGUUCCAAGUCCUACCACUAAGUGGAUUUGAUAUUAUGGCAGCAGCUUAUAGACUUGUGGUUAGUACUGUGAACCACUACAGCAGUGUGGUGAUAGACCGGCGUUUUGAGCAGGCUAUACAUUAUUGCACUGGAACCUGCCACACCUUCACACAUGGAAUUGACUGCAUUGUGGUACAUCACAGUGUUUGUGCAGACCUCUUGCACAUUCCUGUGUCUGAGUUCAAAGAUGUGGAUCUGAACUGUAUUUUUCUACCGCAUGAAAACGGACUUUCCUCAGCAGAAAGUGACUAUCCCCAUCAGGCCCUCAUAGGCAUACCCAGGGUCAAGAGAGCAUCUACAUUUCAGAAUACAUGUAACUUAAAGGACAUUGCAGGAGAAGCAAUCAGUUUUGCCAGUGGGAAAAUAAAAGAAUUUUCUCUUGAAAAACUCAAAAACUCUAAUCAUGCAGCUUACAAAAAGGGAAGGAAAGUUAAGUCUGACUCAUUUAAUAGGAGGUCAGUUGAUUUUGACUUGCUGUGUGGCCAUUAUAACAGUGAUGGGACCUCCCCAUCCUUUGGCUUACUCCGGAGUUCCUCAGUGGAGGAAAAAUCCUUGUCCCAUAGAAACUCCCUUGAUACAAACCUGACUUCUAUGCUUCUUCAGAACUUCUCUGAAGAAGACCUGGUCACUCAGAUUUUGGAAAAACAUAAAAUAGAUCACUUUUCUUCUGGGACAGACAUAAAAAUGUGCUUGGACAUCUUACUGAAAUGCUCUGAGGAUUUGAAAAAAUGUACAGACAUUAUAAAACAAUGCAUAAAGAAAAAGUCAGGAGGUAGCAUUAAUGAAGGAAGUAGUGAUGCAAUUUCUAGUUCUGAAACUGUCUAUAUGAAUGUAAUGACUAGGUUAGCAUCCUAUCUGAAAAAGUUACCAUUUGAAUUCAUGCAGACUGGGAAUAAUGAGGCUAUAGAUUUAACAGAACUGGUCAGUAAUAUGCCUAGCUUACAGCUGACUCCUUUCUCCCCAAUAUAUGGCACUGAACAGCCUCCUAAAUAUGAAGAUGUUGUCCAGCUCUCGGGUUCUGACUCUGGACAGUUUCAAACUAUUGAUUUGCAAGAUGAAAAAUAUAAUUGCAGAAAAAAGGACUCUGUAAAAGGUACUCCAAAGAGCUCCACAAAGUCUUUAUAUAGCUUGGAGGUAAGUAAUCCAAGAACUGUAAAAGCUGUCCAACUUCAUUCACCAUCAUUAACCAUUAAUCCUUUGGAGAAUGUUUCUUCUGGUGAUUUAAUGGAAACUCUUUAUAUUGAAGAAGAAUCAGAUGGAAAGAAGGCAUUAGCAGACAAAGGACAAAGGGCAGAGAAUGGACCCAGUCAGGAUAUGUUAAAGGUAAAUGAACACAGAGCAGAAUUUUCAGACCAUGAUACUAAUCUUAUGAAAUGUCCUGCCUCAGUGCAAAACAAAAUUGGUAAGGUAUUUGAGAAAGCAGUUGUUCGUCCACCUGAAGAAGACUCUAAGUCACAAGUUCCUAAAGCAGAAGCAAGAGACCAGAGGGAUUUUGUGAACUCUAACAGUCAGGAAGAGAUUGAUAAGUUAUUAAUGGAUUUAGAAUCAUUUUCUCAGAAGAUGGAGACCUCUCUAAAAGAGCCGUUUGCCAAGGGUAAAAACUCCACUUCUCUAAAUAGUCACAGUCAUUUGACUGGUCAAAUCGCUGAAGAUCUUGAGGCUAAAUCUGAAGUCUCUUCACCAGCAGAAAAAGUCUCGCCUUCUUGUCUAACAAGGAUUAUUGAAACCAAUGGGCAUAAAAUAGAGGAAGAGGAUCGGGCCCUCUUACUGCGAAUUCUGGAAAGCAUUGAAGACUUUGCUCAAGAGCUAGUUGAAUGCAAAUCUGGUCGAGGGAGCCUUUCACAAGAAAAGGAAAUGAUGCAAAUUCUACAGGAAACCUUGACAACUUCCAGCCAGGCCAAUUUAUCAGCCUGUAGAAGUCCUGUUGGUGAUAAAGUCAAUGAUACUACUUCAGUGGUUUUGAUUCAACAGACCCCAGAGGUGAUAAAGGUUCAAAAUAAACCAGAAAAGAAACCUGGAACGCCACUUCCAUCUCCAGCCACCUUUCCAAAUAGUUCUGGACCUCUCUCCCCUGUUCCUCAUGUGAAUAGUGUUGUGAAUGCACCAUUGUCCAUAAACAUUCCACGGUUUUACUUUCCUGAAGGACUCCCAGAUACCUGCAGUAACCAUGAACAGAUUCUAAGCAAAAUUGAAAAUGCUUUCAUGGACAUUGAAGAUCAAAAAGCAGACAUUUAUGAAAUGGGAAAGAUUGCAAAGGUCUGUGGCUGUCCUCUUUAUUGGAAAUCCCCCAUGUUCAGGGCUGCAGGGGGGGAAAAAACAGGAUUUGUGUCAGCACAGUCAUUCAUUGCAGUGUGGAGAAAGUUGUUGAAUAACCAUCAUGAUGAUGCCUCUAAGUUCAUCUGUCUUCUGGCAAAGCCCAGCUGCAGCUCUCUAGAACAAGAGGAUUUCAUCCCUUUACUUCAGGUAAUUUUUAUUUGCUUUUGAAAACAAAUUCUAGUUUUGGAGUUUCAGAAUUUUUUUUUCUAAUUUGCAACUAUAAUGUAUGUCAUUUGAACUACACAAAUCUAGAGGUCAGAUUCUAGAAAGUGGCUGUCAAACUUGUUUAAGCAGUAAAAUCCUUUUGUUAAAUGAAAUCUAAAUAGAACCCAUAGUAUAAAAUAGAUAAACCAGAGCUACUCCCAUUGCAGCAGAGGAGAGGGGCCAUUCAGCCUCCCCCUUGUCUACCCACCAGGAUUACUGAAGCAUCUUCUGAAACUUUAGAAUUCAAGAAGAUAACUUGGAAAAUGCUGAUAGCAAACAAAGUUAAGAAUAUGGUAGGAAGCAAGAACUACUGUUGUGAAUUCUGGAGUCUUUACUCAGGGCAUCUUGACUGUUUGAUUUAAGCACAGUUCUAAAAUGGUGAGGUUGGUUUUCUGAUUUUUCAACUCAAGAUUUAUAUGAAACAGAAAAUUAAAAUAGGAAGAAGGGAGAAAGGAAAACAAAAUCAAACAUGCUGAGAGCUGCAAAGAUAACAGCUGCCAGACUGUAAAAGUAGUGAGGAGAGAACAAUAAGUACUUAAAAAAAAAAAAAAAA